AAAGUUUUUUCAUAGUUCGCACCCUUGACCACCCUCCUCCUGCCGUCCUGCGUUUAUAUUUGUUUUGCUUAUUUAGCAAUAAUCUUUCUUUAUUUUCGGCCUUUUCUGACUGACAUUUGCUUCCUCAAAUCUCACAACUUUCUAAACGCACUCACUCUACUUUAUUCUUGGGUUCGCUUCUAUAGUUCCACUUACGCAUACUCUCUCUCUCUCUCUCUCUCUCUAGAUUCCAGAAGAAGUGCAGAACCAGAAUGGGUUCAGUUUCUCUGAAAAUAGGCGAUGGAACCGCCAGAUUCAAAAGAGCUUCUCUUUGUUCCUCAGCUCUCAAUGUUAUCAUGCUUUUCUCCGUCCUCACAACCAAUCUUUUCGCUCUCUAUGCUUUUACAUCCUCCCCCCAAAACCAAACGGUCCACCACGCUCACAAGAACAUCUCUUUGAUCUCCGAACAAGUUUCUUUGAUCCUCAGAGAGAUCGAUUCUUCGCAGAGGAAACUAGCUCAGAUGGAGAAAGAGCUCCUCGGCUAUGAGAACAUCGAUAUCUCAAGACCCAACAUCGCAAACGAGUUAAAGCUCUUCCUUCAGCACCACUCUCUUCCGCUUGGCAAAGAUUCCAGAACUGGGAUCACCGAAAUGGUGGCUUCCGUCGGCCACUCCUGCGAGAAAUCCAUCGAUGUGUUGUCUCAGUACAUGAGUUACAAGCUCGGCGGUGCUUGCCCGGACGAUUGGAGUCUCGCCCAGAAGCUGAUUUUGAGGGGAUGCGAGCCACUACCCAGGAGGCGUUGUCUUGCCAAGUCCGUCUCCAAGGUGGGUCUCUUUCCUUUUCCGCUUUCGCUUUGGAAACCAUUUAGUGAUAAGAUUGUUAGCUGGAGUGGGCUUGGUUGCAAGAGCUUUGAUUGCCUGAAUAGUAAGAAAAUUGGCAAGGAUUGUGUUGGAUGCUUUGAUUUGGUUAAUGGGACCGAAAGGCAGAGAUUCAUUAAGGCCAGAGGUAAGAAUGAUUUUCUUGUGGACGAUGUAUUGGCUCUGGGGAGUGGGGGGAUCAGAAUUGGACUUGAUAUUGGAGGCGGGUCUGGCAGCUUUGCAGCAAGGAUGGCAGAGAGAGGUGUGACCGUAAUCACUUCCACUCUAAAUGUGGAUGCCCCAUUCAACGAAUUCAUUGCUGCGAGAGGGCUUUUCCCGUUGUUUUUAAGUUUAGAUCAGAGAUUCCCCUUCUACGACAAUGUCUUUGAUCUGGUUCAUGCAAUGAAUGGAUUGGGCGAUGGCGGUCGUGCAGAGAAAAUGGAAUUCUUGAUGUUCGACAUAGAUCGGAUUUUGAGGGCUGGGGGCUUGUUUUGGUUGGAUAAUUUUUACUGCGCAGAUGAGGAGCGGAAGAGGAUCCUGACGCGGUUGAUUGAGAGGUUUGGGUACAAGAAACUGAAGUGGGUUGUAGGGGAGAAGGUCGAUGCUGCUGGGACAGGGAAGUCGCAAGUCUACUUGUCUGCUGUUCUGCAGAAGCCCAUUAGAGUUUGAUGGAAAGAACUUUGUGUUUGCACAGAGGUAUCACUGCUGUUGAUUUCUAUCUUUGUUCACGCAGAUUCUGUGUGAAUUCAUUGCUUAGUAUCUGCAUGAAAUUUCUUUUCCAUGUGGAAUAAGUGAAGCAUUGGCUGUUUCUGUUCCUAACUGCAAACCGGCAGUGGAGGAAAGAUAUCCAUUCUAUAAUUCAAGAUCUUUUGUUGGCGAUAAUUGAAGUAGGUUAGUUGGACAGUUUUAUGUCAAUAUUUCUGUUUUAUUCACAAAAUGAAUACAAAUGUUGGAUGUAUAACAUCUCAUGCUGCUUGGAGAAAGAGAACUCGGAUACUUGAAACCAUGAGAUAUAUGAAAAGGGAAAAGUUGACUAACUUCUAUGAAAUAUGGCCAGGCACGUUAUAUUCUUGAUUUAGCAAGGAGUUCAUCUGUUCAUGUACCUUUUUUAAUUGCAUUUUAUUUGUGUUAAUUGCGCCUCUGUAGCUUUUCAAUUGCAUUUAUGAAAAGAGCUUUUUCUGUUGUUGCACUUCA